AUUUGUUUGGGGUAAUAUUCAAAACUUAAAAGCUCUAUUAGAAAUUAUACAAGCAUAUCUUAUUCUUUGGUCAUUCCCAAAUUGAUUGAAGCAGCAACUAUCAAGAGUCGAUUGAGUUGCCCAAAAAUGGCAGCCAUAAGUACACCCACUACACACACUCUACGAACCAGAACUCCACGUUCAUGGAUUCUCUCAUUCCGCCAUUUCUCUCCUGCUUCGUUUUCUUUCUACUCUGCCGCUUCUCUUUCUUCUGCCCCUUCCACUUCUGAAGAAGAAGAUUCUGGUUCUCACCACUCUUCAAAUCUCUCACAAUCUUCUAAUGAUCAAAAUCCUAACAAAAGCAAAAACCUAAAACCAUAUUUCCCAAAAAGAGGGCAGACAUUAGAGUUAGUGUGUGAGACUUUGGCGUUUAAAGGUAAAGGGCUUUGCAAGGUUCCUGAAACUGGGUUUGUUCUUUUGUGUGACCGUGCUCUUCCUGGUGAACGUUUCUUGGGUCGGGUUACCCGUAAAAAGGGUAGUUAUGCUGAGGUGGCAAAGCUAAAAACUUUAUCACCCCAUCAGGAUGCUGUGGAUGCUCCUUGUGAAUAUGCUUCAUAUUGUGGAGGCUGUAAGACACAGCAUCUGUCUUAUGAGGCCCAACUGAAAUAUAAAGAGCAGCAAGUUUUGGAAUUAAUGAUACAUGUUGGGAAAUUUUCUGAUAAGCAGCCUGAGUUUAUGAGCAUCAUGAAGCCCAUUGUUCCAUGUGCAAAUCAGUUUCAUUACAGAAACAAGAUGGAGUUCUCAUUUAGUAAUCGGAGAUGGAUACCACGUGAACUUUGGGAAGGGGAGCAAGCUAUUGGGAAUGACUAUGCCCUAGGACUUCAUGCUCCUGGCUUUUUCGAUAAGGUUCUCAAUGUCAACAAGUGCUUUUUGCAAAGUGAACAUGCCAAUGAGGUUCUCUUGGCAGUUCAAGAUUGUUGGAGAGAUCAGAGCCUAGGCCUUUCUCCUUAUGAUGUUCACUCACAUGCUGGUUUUCUCAAGCAUCUCGUGAUUAGAACUGGCAGGGAUGUCCAAAGUGGAAAGCCUGAAAUUAUGGUCAACUUUGUGACUUCAACAUACAAGCCAGAGCUAUUACAACCUCUAGUGGAGAAAGUUUCAGCCAUCACUGAAGUGGCGAGCAUUGUAAAUAACAUAAAUACCUCAAGUGGAAGCACUUCAAUUGGGGAGGCAGAAUAUGUUUUAUAUGGGAAAGCUAAUAUCGUAGAAGUAUUAAGAGGACUGACGUUUCAGAUAUCAGCCAACUCAUUCUUUCAGACAAAUACACAGCAGGCGGAGGUUCUCUAUAAACUAAUUGAAGAUGUCAUAAACCUCAGAGGAGAUGGCUCAGAGAUAGUGUUGGAUCUCUUUUGUGGAACAGGCACCAUUGGUCUCACGCUUGCUAGAAGAGUUAAGCAUGUAUAUGGUUAUGAAGUAGUUGCUCAAGCCAUCAUUGACGCUCAUCAAAAUGCUGAACUGAAUGGCAUCUGUAACGCUACAUUUGUCCAGGGUGACCUAAAUAAAAUUGAUGAGAACUUUGGAAAGAAUUUCCCGAGGCCUGAUGUAGUGAUUUCAGAUCCAAACCGUCCGGGAAUGCACAUGAAGCUGAUCAAGUUUCUAUUAAAGUUGAAGGCCCCUCAAAUUGUCUAUGUUUCUUGCAAUCCCGCCACAUGCGCUCGUGACCUUGAUUACUUGUGUCAUGGCUCAGCUGAAUAUAAAAUAGAAGGAUGCUAUAGGUUACGGAGUGUCCAACCAGUAGACAUGUUCCCUCACACUCCACACAUUGAAUGUGUCUGCUUGCUAGAGCUCAAUGAAUAAGAAUAACUGCUAGUAUUGAUCUGCAUCAAUCAGCUUAAAGGAAAAUCAUCCUGUUCUUCAUUUUAAUCCGUGAUGAUACGCAACACAAUCUGUUGAAAUCUGUAACUAAUCGUCAUCCUGAAGGUGGUGUGUGUAUAGCUACUGGUAGAAGUUAGAACAGCAGAAGCAGGCUUCUUGAGUUGGAGAAAUGUUGCUAUGAGCAUUGGCAUGCCGUACUCUUUCACAUAAAUUUUGGCUACUAUUUACUACUUUCUGUUCAUCAGGAUUUUGAAUAUUAUUUUUGAUGUUGAAAAUAAUUUAUAUUUUCACCUUUACAAUUUUAUAAAUUGUACAUCUUUUUAUUUGUUUAUUAUUUUUAACAAGGUAAGCUGAGAGAAUGGAAGAGAUGAUUGAGAAUCGAA